CCACUUUCGGAGCCUGGUGCACUUUCCACGCCGGAGAAACAGGAGUGAUAGCACAUGCACCUCCAAACAGCCUUUCUGCUGCUUUUCAGGGAGAUUUUAUUUAGAGGCGGUGCUUGUUGGCUCCAGAGGAGCGUCGUAACGACACUUUUUUUUCUCCCCCAGUCCCUGUUAAAAGAGUUAGACCAGGGCCAGAGUUGGUGCUGGGGGGUCGCUUAUAGCUUAGUAAUUUCCUGGGGGGUAAUUGCGGCGAUUUUGUUUUUGUUUUUGUUUUUAAAUCCCAGCAGAUAUUUUUCUAUUUUCUAAUUUCAUUUCAUUUUAUUUUAUUUUAUUUUUUUAUUUUUCUACUUUGAAUAUCGCCACUCUCUCACUCUCAAGAUCUGAUAGCCUGCCCCUUCGAGAUUUUUCCCCCCUUUCAGAUCAUGAACAAACUAUAUGUUGGGAAUUUAAGUCCUUCGGUCACUGUCGAGGACUUGAAGGAGCUCUUUGGGGAGAGGAAGCUGCCAGUGGCCGACCAGGUCCUGCUGAAAUCCGGCUAUGCUUUUGUGGACUUCCCCGACCAGAACUCGGCCAUAAAGGCUAUAGAGACUCUUUCUGGUAAAGUUGAAUUACACGGAAAGGUGAUAGAGGUAGACUACUCUGUUCCCAAAAAACUAAGGAGUCGGAAGAUCCAGAUCCGGAACAUUCCCCCUCAUCUACAGUGGGAGGUUUUGGACGGCCUUCUAGCUCAGUAUGGUACUGUAGAAAACGUGGAACAAGUGAACACUGAUACAGAAACAGCAGUGGUGAAUGUUACGUACGCAACCAAGGAGGAAGCUAAAGUAGCCAUUGAGAAGUUAACAGGACACCAGUUCGACGACUACUCUUUCAAGGUGUCAUAUAUUGUGGACAUGGAUGCUGCUCCGCCCGACCAGGCUCCCCCCCGCACGCGGCGCGGGGGUCGGUCGUCCCGGGACCAGGGCGCCUCUCAGCCCGGGCCCUCAGGAGAACUCGGUGCUCUGCGCCCCAGACAACACGACUUCCCCCUGCGCAUGCUCGUGCCUACUCAGUUCGUGGGAGCCAUCAUCGGCAAGGAGGGCCUCACCAUCAAGAAUGUCACCAAACAGACACAGUCCAAGGUGGACAUUCAUCGGAAGGAAAAUGCAGGUGCAGCAGAAAAGCCCAUCACCAUCCACUCAACUCCGGAGGGCUGCUCCUCCGCCUGUCGCAUGAUCCUAGACAUCAUGCAGAAGGAGGCCAACGAGACCAAGACGACGGAGGACAUCUCUCUCAAAAUCCUCGCCCACAACAGCCUCGUGGGCCGGCUGAUUGGGAAGGAGGGCCGCAACCUGAAGAAGAUUGAGGAGGAGACAGGGACCAAGAUUACCAUCUCCUCGUUACAAGAUUUAACCAUUUACAACCCUGAGAGGACCAUCACGGUGAAGGGCAGCUUGGAGGCGCGUUGCAGAGCCGAGGCAGAGAUCAUGAAGAAACUGAGGGAAGCCUACGAGAAUGACAUUGCUGCUAUAAACCAACAGGCUAACCUGAUCCCAGGCUUGAACCUGAACGCUCUGGGCAUCUUCUCCUCUGGUCUGCCGGUGCUGCCCCCUGCUGCUGGACCACGAGGUGCAGUGCCCCCUGUGGCACCAGCAGGAUACAACCCAUUCUUAAGUCACUCUUCACAUCUCAGUGGCCUGUACGGGGUUCCUCCAGCAAGUGCCAUCACCUACCAGCACUCACAACAGGCUCAAGAACAGGAGGUUGUCUACCUCUUUAUUCCAACUCAGGCAGUCGGGGCCCUGAUCGGCAAGAAGGGCCAGCACAUCAAACAACUCGCCCACUUCGCUGGAGCUUCCAUCAAGAUUGCCCCAGCUGAGAACCCAAAUGUUACUGAGAGGAUGGUUAUCAUUACUGGAACCCCAGAGGCUCAGUUUAAGGCCCAAGGUCGGAUAUAUGGGAAGCUGAAAGAGGAGAACUUCUUCACAGCGAAAGAGGAGGUCAAACUGGAGACGCACAUCAAGGUUCCCUCGACUGCAGCUGGCAGGGUCAUCGGCAAAGGCGGCAAGACGGUAAAUGAACUCCAGAACCUAACGAGCGCUGAGGUCAUUGUACCGAGGGACCAAACUCCAGACGAGAACGACGAGGUCUUUGUGAAAAUCAGUGGGCAUUUCUUUGCCAGCCAGACUGCACAGAGGAAGAUCCGGGAGAUCAUUCAGCAGGUCAAACAGCAGGAACAGAAGCACCAGCAGGGCGCCGCCGUGUCACCGCACCACUCCAAGUGACCAGCGGGGCGGCUGCAGCGGGCGCCAGCCAAUGAAUGUAGCCCUCCCAAACGGACAGAGACCUACCCAGACAAAGGCCAAGGCCAAGGGGGACAUGCAGGGCAGACCAGCAGCACCAAUCAAAACCAAAGAACUUCACUAGGGGGGAAACAAGUGAGAGCCAAAGGCUGAGGGCAUUGUGUGCACUGCCAGCCCUGUGAGAGCAGAUAGAGUGGGAGAAACCGUACUGAUAUAAUAUAAUAAAAAGACCAAAAAAAAUCUAAAAGAAAGGUGGAAACUGUUGUCUUCACAGUUAAAAAGGUAAACAGGAAAUAGUAUGUCGCCCUGCAUAAUGUUAUCUCUUAAGUUGGACUAACAUAGGCCUAACAAACGGAUAAAGCAACUGUAUUAACACGAGCGUAUACGAGGCAUUGUGAUUGAUAUUUUGGGUUAGAACGAGAGCGAGUGACAAUGGACACCUUCUCUCACCAGAGUUUGAGAUGAUAUUCAGAUUAAAUAUCCUUAGCAGUAUUAAUACAGAGUAGGAAAGUAUAUUGAUACACACUGAGAGUAUGCACUGUUGUGUUUUUCUAUCAAAAUGGCAGUACGACUCGGUGCAGUUUUUAAUAUUUUGGUUGUUCCAGAGAUUGAUCGGGCUGUGACGGCCACGUACAGCGGUUUCCUUGGUUUUGUUCACAUUAAUAGGCCACUGAAAUCAAAAAAAAAAAAAAGAGAAAACCCCUAUAA